AUGACACCCCUCUCCAAUGAUCCAACAACGGAGCCGCUUGUCUUGAGUCUCAAAGAAGUUGACAUUCCCUUCCCCGCCCUCCAAGAAAAUAACCCCAACGUUGGCCGCUUUACCGCUAGCUUCAUCGUCUUCCGUCAAACAACCAACUCAGCCAAGCCACAAGUUCUCCUAAUCCAGCGAGGACAUGAUGGCUCAUGGGGCGGAAGCUGGGAGGUACCUGGUGGAGGAUAUGAGCCUGGAAAAGAUAACACUAUUAUGCAAACUGCGCUUCGUGAGACCAAGGAGGAGGCGGGGGUGCAUAUCUCACCUGGCGCCGUCUUGCCACUCGUGUACAGAACGGCGUUUUGGCACAAAGAGUCGUGGAUAGCUAGUUACACUUUCAUUGCAGAGGUUGCGGAGGAAGUGCAGAUUACUAUAUCGGAUGAACAUCUUGACUGGGGCUUUUUCGAUGAGAAUGAUAUUCAGGGUUUUGGUGUUUAUCAGAAAGGGGAGGAUCAAGAGGGGCAUGUGAUGCUUGCGAGGAAGAAGGGAAUUCUUCGUCAUUUUUUUACGAACAGAGAGAGUCUGAGAAAUGGCGAUGUGGAUAUGCAGGGCCAUAUCGAGGAGUAA